AUGAGGGUCGAUAGGGAAGAUAAAGCCAUCAGCAGUAGUAUUAGACUGGUUAAUGAAUGGGGUGCCUUUGUGGCCAAAAGGAGUGUUAGUACUUGCAAACAAGCCAAAUCCGAAACAAUACCCCUUUACAGAGGAACAAGCGAAUUGGGUACAAAAGAAAAUAACCCG